AUGCGGGAAAUUACAAAGCACACGACCAUCGCAACCGCGCGUAUCCAAAAAAGGCAAUUUCGUAUCACUUUUCCCUUAAAGGGAAUGACGCUUAAUAUGAUCGAUCUUGCUCAACAGAGCUGUGCAGCGUUACAGUCAAGUCUGUUUGAUUCUUUCCUGGAAGUGAAUAAUCAGUGCAUUUUUGUAGCUGGCAAACAGAAUCAGUCAAGCGGUAUCCGCUCUGAUAUGCCAGUUGAGCUCAAUCCUUGGGGCCAGCUAAAUCUUAUAUUGUAUUUCUUACCCGAAGUGAGAUACGCGAGCGUUUCGUUUCUUAUUCUAACAGACGAUCCUGUAAAGCUUUGA